CUUCCUUCACAGCCCCACACCACACCACACCUUCAGAGUUCCCCUCCCAUGGCAACUAAAAACCGUCUUACCCCAUUAAUAGGUCAGCCCCACCCCGAUGCCGCCGCCGCCUCUCAAGGAAAAAGAAAGCGUAGUUCGAAGCAUAAAUCUGCUCCCAAACCGCCGCAAUCCUUGCCGGACGACGAAAGCCGACGCUCACCAUCCGCACCCGUCCAGCCCCGUCUCACUUCCAAGCAGAACAACAGAUCUGGGGAAGAAGACGCCCUCCUUAAGACGUCUGCGCCGCCGCACAACCGAGUGUGGACUGACAAGGAUCAGAUUACUAUUCUCCAAGGUAUCAUCGACUUCAAGGCCCAAAAAGGGGCUGAUCCCAACGCAGAUUAUGCUGCUUUCCAUGUCUUCAUUAUCGAUCGAUUGGAGGGGUCGUUUUCCAAGAAUCAGACCAGGGAUAAGGUUAGGGGCCUCAAAAGGAAGUUCUUGACCCUCAAUGAGAAGGGAGACCUCCCUACUUCUGCUCAGCCUUAUGAGUAUCAGGUUUAUCAACUGUUAGCAAAGAUUUGGGGAACUGCCAGCAGCACCGAUGCUAUAAGUCCAGGUGCAGGCUUUGCCAGCGGGGAGGUGAAAAGCAAGACUGUUGAAUCUACCAACACUGUGGAUGCACCGAAAGCAGCAAGUGAUGUGAAGACAACUGCACAUGACCUCAAAGAAAGGAAGAAGAAGAAGAAGAGAAAGAAGCCGAAGACUCGUCCAGGGGAAGAAGUUGAAAAAACUGCUGGUGAUGACCAAAUUUCCGCUGUUGAGAAAGAUGUACAGACUGCUGCUAAUCUGACCGCUGCUAAGGGUAAGGACAGUGGGGAUUUUCAUUCCAAGUAUCCUUGCUUGGUUAGAUCUUUCAAUAAGGAAAAUUAUUCAUUCAGCACUGAGGAGACAUUAGAUAUGCUCAAGGAAAAAGUCAGUCUGAUCCAGAGUUCCCAGGCCGGUGAGAUUGAGGAGAAAUGGCUCAAGCUAAGGGAAGAACAUGCUGCGCAUUGCGUGAAGGUUGCAGAUUUGGUAGCACUGCAGGCUAGAUUGAUGGUUGAUGCUCUGUGUGAGGAGGUAAUUUCGUAGAUGUCCGCUCUGUUUGAUGCGUGUUGUGGAUUAGUACUUUGUAAAAUCAAACUGUGAGGGUAUGGUGUUCUUAGAAAAAUGCUGAUGCUGAUGCUAGUAUUAUAUUUUUUGCUAUUUUGUCUUGUUUAGUUGGUUGAAAAAAACUGUGUGCUAAUCCAGUGUUGUUCUUAGAGAAAUGCUGAUGCUAGUGUAAAUUUUUUUGCUAUUUUGUCUUGUUUUGUUGCAAUGGUGUCACACUCUUGUCAAAUUAAUCCUCGUGCAUGUUUCCAUACAGCAAAUGCAGAUGGUUACCUGUGUCACCCAUGAAUUCCUUAAUUCUCUUAUGAAGUUAGUUAUAUGAUCAUUGUUACUAGAUGAUCCCGAC